CAUCAGAGUGGGGAAAUAUUUCGAAGUGUUACCUCAUCCACGUCUCAUCUCAAAAUUACUGUAACUGAAAUAUAUUUCGCCCUCUACUUUCAGUUUUUUUUAAAUUUGGCAUUAGAGUUAACAUUUCGGAUAUUACAGUAACCGGUGUAGUUGCUAAGAAACUUAUUUAUUCAUGGCGCCUAACCAGUGGUUGAAUUUAAUUCAAAGUGCUCAAAAAAUUGCAAUUAUUAAAGAUGGAAAAAGAAAAGUUCAUUUUUUAUUGGAGGAUGGUAGGGAAAUGGUAGAAGAAUAUCAUUUAGAAACGAAUGUGUUACUACGGAGAGCAUGGAAAGAAACAGGUAAACUUGGUCAAAACACAGGUUGGAAUAUUGAAAUUGGAGAUCCUGAGCCUAUGCAAAAUAAUAUUGAAGUUUAUGGAAUUCAGGAAAGUUCGAGUAAUCCAUUUAUUACUAGACGGAUAACAAAAACUUCACUCGAAUGGCGCAUAAGAAAUUUGCCAUAUCCAUUGGAUGUGUACUCAGUAGUUGCAGAGGCUGAUGGAACAAUAACUGUUCGUACAAGUAAUAAGAAAUACUUCAAAAAGAUAAGAGUUCCAGAUUUAGAACGUAUCGGAUUAAAUCCUGAACAGGACAGGAUAUCUUUUAUCCAUCAAUACAACACAUUGAUCAUAACGUAUAAAAAGCCACCAGCGCUUUUGGACUUAGAGAAAAAGGUGUUGGGUGAGAUAUUGCAAUUGAAAGCAAGUAGAGAGGGUGACGUAAAGUGUCCGACGAGCUAAUAAAAACCUUCGAUUUUUAAAACUAUUUUCUUCUUCGUUUUGCCCAUAGUCAUA